CUCACUACUUUGCUUAUAUCCAUAAUAGCUGGGGUUUUAAACUGGAACAUAUAUUUGAUUUGCUUUCUAAAUUCUUUUCAAAUUGUCUUUUUAUCUGCUGUUUUAAGUUGGUCUACUGAAAAACUAGAAACCCAUGUGGGCCCAGUGUUGGGUGGAAUUCUAAAUGCUUCUUUUGGCAACUUGGUCGAAUUGAUAAUCUCUUUUAUUUCCUUGAGAAGAUCAGACGCUGUGCUAGUUAUAACCUCCUUAGUAGGCUCCACCAUAUCAAAUUCCUUGUUUGUGCUAGGCAGUUGUUUCUUGGUAUCUGGUAUAAAGGGCUUGAAAACUAAUUAUUUUGACAAUGUUUUUCAUUCAAAUAUUCUACUACUAUCUUGCUUUUUGUUGGUCUUUCCCAGAGUCAUUUAUGAUUACAUUAUAAAUACAAAAAACCUCAAUAAUAAUGCUGAAAGUAUUGACACCAACGGCAAUACAAUUGUUGUUGAUGAUGAUCCCCCAACCUACAUGCCUCAAAAACAGUUAAUUUCAGGCUGGGUUUCAAUAUUUAUGAUAAUCCUUUAUUUGUUCUAUCUUUUUUACAAUAUUAAAAACAAAAAUAACAAUAAUAACAAUAACAAUAACAAUAACAAUAACAAUAACAAUAACAAUAACAAUAACAAUAACACUGGUAACAAAAUUAAAACCAAAAAACAUUUUGAAAACAAUUCUUCAUUAUUUUCACCAACAUCUCAAAAAAUUGAAAAAUAUGAUUUCGAUAACCCUAGGCUUCUUGAUUGUCUAAUCGCUUUAUGCUUCUCUUCCAUUUUCUUGGCCCCCGUGGCUGAUUUUUUCAUUGAUUCCAUCGAAAAUCUAACUGAUAACUCUUCCAUUUCAAAAACUUUCGUUGGUUUAAUUCUUGUCCCAAUAGCUGGUAAUGUCCCAGAACACACUACUGCUUUCAUAGCCGCUUGUAAAGGCAAUAUUGACCUCUCUAUUGGGGUAUCCAUGGGUAGUGCUAUUCAAAUUCUCUGUUUUGUAUUACCAAUUUUGGAUUUACUAGGUUGGUCAAUGAAGGAGGACUCAAUGUCUCUAGUCUUUGACUGGCCAAUGAUUUUAAUUAUAGUCUUCUCUGGGUUUUGUGCAAAAUUCGCUUUGGAUACUGAAAAGGCAACCUUUAUUGGCGGAAUUAUAUUGCUAACUGGUUUCACUGUU